GCCGCUCCCGUCGCCGACGGCCGCCGACGGGGGAUCCGCGCGGGCGGCCCGGGCCGGCCCCGCCCCCGCCCCGCCCCAGGGGCGUUCCGGCGCGGCGCGGGGCGGGCGCGGUGCCGGGCCCUGCGCGGGGCUCGGCGGGGCUCGGCGCGGCGCGGGGCCGCAUGGAGAGCGGCGCGGCGGAGGGCGGCGGGCGCUGCCCCGGCGCGGGGCCGCCGCGGGGCGCGGGGGCGCGGGGGCGCGCGGGGGCGCGGGCGCGCCGGGCCAUGGCGGCGCUGUAGCCGCGGGUCGGGCCAUGGCGGCGCUGCGGCUCCGGCUCGCGCUGUCGGUGCUGUGGCAGUUGGCGGCCGCCGGCCGCGGGCUGGAGCUGGGCGCGCUGGAGGCGGCGCGGGGCCGGGCGGCGCGGUGCCAGCCCGUGGACAUCCCCAUGUGCCGCGGCAUCGGGUACAACCUGACCCGCAUGCCCAACCUGCUGGGCCACGAGAGCCAGCGCGAGGCCGCCCUGAAGCUGCACGAGUUCGCGCCGCUGGUGGAGUACGGCUGCCACGUCCACCUGCGCUUCUUCCUCUGCUCGCUCUACGCACCCAUGUGUACCGACCAGGUGAGCGCCAGCAUCCCCGCCUGCCGCCCCAUGUGCGAGCAGGCGCGCCACAAGUGCGUCCCCAUCAUGGAGCAGUUCAACUUCGGCUGGCCCGAGUCGCUCGACUGCGGCCGCCUGCCCACCAAGAACGACCCCAACGCCCUCUGCAUGGAGGCCCCCGAGAACGCUUCAGCCGCGGAGCCACACAAGGGCCAGGGCAUGCUGCCUGUCGCGCCCCGGCCGUGGCCGCCGGGCUCCGCGGAGGGCCGUGGCCCCAACGGGCUGGGAGCCUGCGACAACCCCGAGAAGUUCCAGUACGUGGAGAAGAGCCUCUCCUGUGCGCCCCGCUGCUCGCCCGGCGUGGACGUCUACUGGUCCCGCGAGGACAAGGACUUUGCCUUCGUCUGGAUGGCCGUGUGGUCCACCCUCUGCUUCGUCUCUACCGCCUUCACCGUGCUCACCUUCCUGCUCGACCCGCACCGCUUCCAGUACCCCGAGAGACCCAUCAUCUUCCUCUCCAUGUGCUACAACGUCUACUCAGUGGCCUUCAUCAUCCGCUCGGUGGCGGGGGCCGAGACCAUCGCCUGCGACCGGGAGAACGGCGAGCUCUACAUCAUCCAGGAGGGGCUGGAGAGCACGGGCUGCACCAUCGUCUUCCUCAUCCUCUACUACUUCGGCAUGGCCAGCUCGCUCUGGUGGGUCGUGCUCACCCUCACCUGGUUCCUGGCUGCCGGCAAGAAGUGGGGGCACGAGGCCAUCGAGGCGCACAGCAGCUAUUUUCACAUGGCCGCCUGGGGCAUCCCGGCCAUGAAGACCAUCGUCAUCCUCACCAUGCGGAAGGUGGCGGGGGACGAGCUGACGGGGCUGUGCUACGUGGGCAGCAUGGAUGUCAGCGCGCUGACCGGCUUCGUCCUCAUCCCGCUCUCGUGCUACCUGGUGGUGGGCACCUCCUUCAUCCUCACUGGCUUCGUCGCCCUCUUCCACAUCCGGAAGAUCAUGAAGACGGGCGGCACCAACACGGAGAAGCUGGAGAAGCUGAUGGUGAAGAUCGGGGUCUUCUCCAUCCUCUACACCGUCCCGGCCACCUGCGUCAUCGUCUGCUACUUCUACGAGCGCCUGAACGUGGAUUAUUGGAACCUCCGUGCCCUGGAGCGCGGCUGUGUGCCGCUGCCUGGCCGACGCGCAGCCGACUGCUCGCUGGAGGCCUCGGUGCCCACCGUGGCUGUCUUUAUGCUAAAGAUUUUCAUGUCGUUGGUGGUGGGCAUCACCAGCGGGGUGUGGGUGUGGAGCUCCAAGACGCUGCAGACCUGGCAGAGCCUGUGCAACAGGAAGCUGGGCGUGAGGACGAGGGGCAAGCCCUGCAGCGGGGUGAGCUGCGGCGGGGUGCACUGCCACUACAAGGCACCCACCGUCAUGCUGCACAUGACCAAGACGGACCCGUACCUGGACAACCCGACACACGUCUAGCACGGCGCUGCCGCUCCGGGGCGGUGCCGAGAGAGUGCCACGGGUAAGGGCUGAGCCCCGGGGCUGCUGUGGGGCCGAAUGGGGGGCGCGCGGGGGUGGGCUGCCCACUGCAGUGCCCGGCCCGGACAGCUUGCUGCUUUUCCUAGGGAUCGUUCUGUUGUUGUUGCUGUUGCCAAAUCCAGUGACUGUUCUAACGCUUUCUUUGGGGGGCGGCCGGGGCCGGGGCAGGAAGGGGAAUAAUCCAGUUCAUGUUUAUUUAAUUCUGUAAUUUAUUUUAGAUUUUUUUUUUUUUUAAUCAUUAGCUGCGAGGAAUGGAAAAAACAAUAAACCCUGGAUGUGUUAUUUCAA